AUGCCUCCCAUGCACAUGCCGCCCAUGCAUAUGCCUCCCAUGCAUAUGCCACCAAUGGCGCCCAUGGUGAUGUCCUUUGGCGCCGCGACGUCCGGCGUGCCGUUCCUCUUCAGCAGCUGGAAGCCGGCGACGCCCGCCGCCUUCUUCUUUGCGUGCGCCCUCACAAUGGCAGCCGCGGCAGCGCUCGAGGUUGCCCUCCGCGCGCUGCCCCACCUCGAGCGGAGGCUCGCGCGCGGUGGCCGCCGGCUCGCGCACCGCAACCUUCUGCGCGCCGCCCACACGGUCGCGACGACGGGGCUGUCUUACGCGCUGAUGCUGCUCGCGAUGAGCUUCAACGUGUACAUCUUCGCGGCCGUCAUCCUCGGCUUCGGGCUCGGCGCGCUCUUCGCCGGCCACCUGCACGAGCCUCCAAAGACGCGGCCGCCGCGGCUUGCAGAGAUGGACAGCGCCAACCCGCCGACCUGCGAGCAGCUCUCGGUGCUGCGCGUGAGCGGGAUGACGUGCGCGGCGUGCGUCGUGGCGGUCGAGGUUGCGCUGCGCAGCGUCGCCGGCGUCACCGCCGCCGCGGUCGACCUCGAGGCGGGCUCCGCCACCGUGCUGAGCUCGAGCGGCGGCGGAGGCGGCCUCUCGGCGCCGCCGAUCACGCAGAUGCUCGACGCGGCCCGGUAG